GUUAUUUUGCUUAUUGGUCCUUCUGGAUCGGGAAAGUCCUCGUUCGUCCAAGCUCUGACCAGCGAUCACGUCCCAGUCAGUCAUCUCAAGCCAUGUAUGUUGCUUCCACCCGCUGCGGUUAAACCAACAAUCCAUGGUCGCCCCAAGGCCUUCGUUCUGAUCGAUACACCCGGCUUCGUCGAGACCCCAAAGGAAAACCUCAUUGUCCUGGAAAAAAUCGCCAAGACGCUGACAGACCUCUCACCUCGCAAGAUCUUCGGCGCUAUCUAUUUCCACAACAUUGCCGAGAACAGAAUGAAGGGCACUACAACUGAAGUCCUCGAUAUUUUCAAGGCUAUGUGUGGUCGGGAGUUCUAUCCCCACAUCGUUUUCGUCACUACAAUGUGGGAUUCGAUCAAUAAGAAGUACCACAAGGAACUCCAAACCCGAAACAAUGAGCUU